AUGUUAAAUGUAUGCAUCCUAGUGGUAAUGACAGUGACACUUUUUUCGCGAACUAUUAGGGCCACGCUCUUUACAGUACAACAUAAAUUAUUUCCACUACAAUUUUGCAGUGUUGACAGGUUUUUACCAAAAAAUUGUGUAUUUUAUUCUACUAGUAAAUCUAAACCUUUUAUUGGGAAGGGGUUUUUGGUGCCAUGCAAAGUAAAGGGACCUUUAUUCGAUUUGCUACAGGAGGAGGAGCUUACCAGGUCUGAGGCAGUCAAACUUGUGUGGAAAUACAUUAAGGACCAGGGCCUGCAAAACCCAGAAAACAGACGCAUAAUCAUGUCUGACCACAAACUCUAUCCUCUAUUCGGAAAGGAAGAAGUCACCUUUGGAGAAGUUGGAAAGGCAAUCCACAAGCACUUGGAAACUAUCCGAAAGCCUGUGGAAUAA